AUGUCGGACAAAAAUUCGAACGUUAAAAGAAAGCCGUCCGGCUACGAAUACAGAAAACGGAAAACUGAAAAAGAGCAAAAGUUUGAACAGAGUAAAAAGUUUAUGAACAUUGAGAAAUAUGUUGUGCAAAAAACGGAAGAUGAAGGUACAAAAGAUCUAACAGAACUAUCUUCUACUUCAAGUCUCGACACAAACGUCACGAUGGAAGUUGAACCAACUGAACAAAUGGGAGUUGUUCUUCUUGGAGAUAAUGCGCCAGUUCAAAUUCAAGAACAGGAAAUCGUUGAAAGUGAUGCUGCAGGAGUUCAUGUUGAAGAGAUUAACGAUGAAAAAUUCAAAGAUAAGACACGAGAAACACUGAAUUUAUAUGAUUGUGGUACCUGGCCAGUUCUUCGAAAUAGCAGUACUGUAGAUCAUUUAAUCAAAAUUGGUCCGAUACAAAUUAAAAAUGAAAAUUACCCUGAGGUUGAGAAACGUCGACAUUUCUCAAACUCUUAUUACAAUAGAAAACUUUCAAAUAGUGCAAUUUUUUGCCGCCGAUGGCUUGUUUACUCCGUGUCUAAAGAUUCCAUAUUCUGA